CUAACUGCUCAUCGUUUUAACUCUUUAAAAAUCGCCUAUGACGACGAUGAUUUUGAUAUGUCACGUGUCGAUAUCGGAAGCAUGCGUUUUCCCGCCAUGCUUCUGUUCUUGAGCAUGCGCUCGUCUCACUCCCCAAUUCGCUAGUGUUUGUCAAAUUGGCGCUGUCUUAACGAAACUCUGACAAUCACGCUUACGAGAAAUCGUGUCGCCAACCGAAUCUAUAAAAAUGACAUGCGACAACAUUCAACUGCUCUGCAUUACUUUGCCGGUACAGUCAGUAUCAGAGGUCCAGCGUACCGACGGCGAUAUGCCAAGACGUACACGGUUAUGAGUACGAGUAAAUAGAAAGAAAGAAAAAAUAAAAAAAAAAAACAAGAAAGAAAGAAAGAAGUGAAACCGUAAAAAAUCAAAUCGAACGCUUCAAGCUUGACAAAUAAAGACAAAGAAAGGCGUCGCUCGUACAGAUAGCGGUGCGUCACACCGUAGCUUUGCUAAAAGAUACUUAAAUACGUAAGAAGGUGCUCACUUACAAUUACUUACUUACUGCAGCUGGCCACCGUCACCGCCGUUCGAAGAAAUAUCAGCAGCGAAGGACCGCUAUUUUUGUUUCUUCUGAGGUUUUAUUUUGAGAAAAAUCUUUGCUGAGUGCGUGGUUUGGAAGUGUUCACGUUUCUGGAGUAUUUGCAAUUUUCGUCGUUAUUGUUGUUUCUAAUGUUGACAUACAUUCUCCUGUUGAUGCCGUUGUGAAAAGUUGAAAGCAAGUUACCACGCGCUUCCGUGCCUCGGAAGGCCUUGCGGGGCUUCCGGAGUCUUGGAACUAUUGAGUUGGGUGGUCGUGUCGGUAGGGGAAUUUUUACAACGUGCAAAAACGGUCCAAGAGAUAUCUGAAGUAAAUGAUAGCGUAUGUGCGCGAGCGAGAGAGGAGCGCGUAGGAAAAAAAUAAGAGGCGGGCUAGUAAAGGAAAGCGCGAUGAAGAAGUUGCUACCACCUACCGAGGGCCGCAGCAUGCUGGUGCUUACUUAAAUUACUACUGUCAUUGUUGUGGUUCUUGCUGGUAGCCCUAUAAUUAGUUCGAUGAAUCAGCACUUAGUCACCUUAGAAAAGGACGAGGGAUGUCUGAUCGCUUCAAACAUCACUGCGAUAAGGAGAGGUGUAGACCUUCCUUGACGUGGGUGGCUACUUACCGCACAUUCUCUAUGACGUGCGCGGCAUUUAUAAUUAGUUCAGCUUGAUCAUUUCUUUCUAGUCGUCAGCCAGCCAGGACGAGCAGAACUUAUAAUAUAAAACGUACAGUGCAAGGCGCGAUGGAAGUGCAGCCUACGGAAGUGCAGAUGGGUCAUAUAUCGUCCAGCGGAGCUGCUGCUGUUGGACAACAGCUGAACUGGUCCGAAUGCCGUGAGCAGGAACAGGAAAUUUAUAUACAAUAUAAUAUGAGCUACUAUGGUAUAGCCGAUUCGGAAAUGGCGCAAGAGCGGAUGGGCCUGUGGUGCGUGGCCAUCUACGUGGUGACUGUCGUAGCCUCAUUGGUGGGUAACUGGGGCGUCGUAUUGACGGUGCUGCUCAACCGAUCGAUGCGGACGACGGUGAAUUUCUAUUUAUCGAAUCUGGCGUUUGCGGACGCACUCAUCGCAAUGUUCUGCAUGUGGACUUAUCUAGUGAAGCACUUUCAUGACUCAUACGUGCUUGGUGUAUUUAUGUGCCGCGUGGAGGGAUUCGUUCAGAUGACUGCUGUAACUUCGUCGGUUUUAACGUUGUCGGCCAUCGCGUGUGAUCGUUUCGUGGCGACGUUAUUCCCAUUUCAUGUACGGACAACGGAAAGGCGGACCAACGUCGUGCUCGGUCUCAUCUGGCUACUGUCAGCGGCGACGGCGUCGCCAUUGUUGAUCUACACGACACCCAUCGUUGUACAGUGGACCGACGUCGAGCUCACGUAUUGUGGGGAAUCAUGGCCGCAGCAAAUUCACUGGAACCCCGAACAGCUGCGAUGUGUUGUCUCACAACCUCAUAAAACCAUCUAUUAUAUCGCAGUAACUGUAACAUUAUUUUUUCUACCAGUCCUCAUCAUGGCGAUCUCGUAUUCGAUGAUCGUCUAUUUUCUUUGGCGAGGCCGGCCAGAUAUUACGCUCAAUUCAAACGGUAAUUCAACAGCCGCAACGAUACAUUACCGUGCACGUAAACGGGUGGUGAAGAUGGCGUGCGUCGUGCUUGGCGCGUUCAUCAUUUGCUGGUGUCCUUUUCAAGUGAUGGUUCUUUUCACGAGGCUGCAGGAAGACAAGCCGGCUAAAGUAUGCAUUGGCAAGAGGCUGAAGUUUAUUCCGCACACAUUUUCUUGGAAUCGCUACAUAAACCAUUACGUCGGCCUCAUCCAUCGUAUUCAGUUGCCUGAUUGGUUUUCAACAGUUUCGUUCUGGUGCACUUACCUCGCAUACGCCAAUAGUGCAAUUAACCCGCUCAUCUACGGCGGUAUGAGCCAUAACUUUCGGGCUGCCUUCAUAAGGAUCCUCCGCUGUGGAAGGGGCGAUCACAACCGCAAACAACAGGUGCAAGGUGGCGCUAUGGGUGUAGUCGAAGGUGGGACCGCUCUGCGGAUGAAUCGGGCUCACGUUCUAGUCGAUGUCGCUUCGUCGAAACCGAAUAAUGUUCUCGAACGAACGCUUACAGCUAUCGGAGCCCCAGGCCACGUUGUCCAAGGACAAACCGGCCCCCACCUGGGCACUACUCACCCGGGGCUUGAGCCCGUAUGCAAAUCCAGCCACCAUCGUCUAGCCCAGAACCAGACAGCUAGUAUCUCCGACAAGUACAGAAUAGCGUGCUGGUCCCGACAUACAGUGACUACACACACAGCGAUCCAUUCCGCAAGUACGUCCUGUCACUACGCUCGAGCAAGCCACGUAACUCAUACGCACACGACAAUGGCACGGAAUGGCGCUACGGCGAUUCUGUACCAGGGUACCACUGUCUAGCUUCGAGAAAAAACCAAUAUAGCAACUGCAUCGGCAAUAACAUCGGGUCGUCGGGUAAUUUUUGACUAAACAUUGAAUAAACUUUGAAUCUAUUAUCUGAAAGUCCUAUGGACAAGAUGUAAUUACACCCGAAUUAUGUUGAAACCUGUAUUACAGCCAUUCUCUGCUACUACUAUGUUCGUCUAAAUUGCUUAUGUAUAAUGAACUAACACGGACGAUGCUAAUAAGCGACUCACAGUAGAAGUUUAUUAUCGAAACUUUCGUCUGUCGAAAAAUGCUUGCAAAUAAAAGUUACC